AUGUCUCCUCGGCUGAUGGGGCUGCCGAUGCAGCUAACACAAUUCGUCGCUCGGCCCAUGCAACAGGCCUCCCCGCUCACCUUCCUCGUCCCGAAACUACAGCAAACCCGCAACAAUUCCAUCCUAGCCUCCCUCUCCGACAACCCAACCGCCUACAACAAGCGCAUCCGUCGAGGCCGCGGUCCCUCCUCCGGCAAGGGUAAGACCUCCGGUCGCGGUCACAAGGGUCAAGGCCAGCACGGCAAAGUCCCCGCCGGCUUCAAUGGAGGACAGACGCCCGAUAUCAUCGUCCACGGCGAGCGCGGCGGUGUCAACAUCUUCUCCGUCGAGAUGUCCACCGUCAACCUCGACCGCCUGCAAUCCUGGAUCGACCAAGGCCGCAUCAACCCCAACCGCCCGAUCACAAUGAAAGAGCUGUACAGCAGCGGCUGCAUCAGCCGACCAAUCGACGGCGUCAAGAUCCUCGGCGACGGCGCCGCAGCCCUAAAACAACCCAUCCACGUCGUCGCCUCCCGCGCCUCCGCCUCCGCCAUCGAGGCUAUCGAAGCCGCCGGCGGCUCUGUCACCACCCGCUACUACACCCCCUCGUCCAUCCGCCGCAUCCUCGACAACGAGACGCACUCCUUCCUGUCCAAUGCGUGGGCACAGGCCAGCGGCUCCGAGGAGCUCUACAAGCUCGCCAAGGUUGGCAUCUCGGCGCCUUGGAUGAAGUGGAGCACGGUGGUCAAGUCUGCGCAGAAGAAGUACCGGUUGCCGGAUCCGACGAAGCGUAGGGAUAUUGAGUAUUAUCGUGAUCCUGCGCAUCGUGGGUACUUGGCGCAUCUGCUUAAGCCGAUGGAAGGUCCCAGUUUGUUCUUCCGGUCUUCUGAGGAGCGGAAGUCGACUGCUGGUGUUAAGAAGGAGAAGGUUUUGCCUGUCAACAGGCUUUGGUAG